AUUGGUGUAAACAGAUAUAUUAAACACGAAUCCUUAAAAUUAUUUGCAGGGAGGAAGAAAGUGAAAACAUUUCAGAGCAACAAAUGAAGCUCGCAGUUCUCUCUGCUGGAUGUGUGUGUCACUGUCAUGAGUAAGCCACCGGGAGACCAGCCGCAGGGCCAGGCUGUGGGCAAGGAGCAUGGAGAUCUGGUUCUGGAGCCUGACACCUGUGGAGCCUCAGGGGAGAGUAACUGGAGGGAGAGAAAGAAGAAGGACUCAGAGGUGCCUGCUGUCCCUGGGCCACAGGUGAAGAUAUCCCAGGGUUCCCUUGUCGAGGAAGGAGGGAGCAAGGAGCAGAGUCCUGCCACACAGACAGGCUGUGAAAUGGAAGACCAAAGCAGAAUGGACACACCCCAUCACCUAGAAUUAAUGGAGGUGUCUUCGGUGGGAGGUGCAAAGACGAAUCCGGAGACACGUGGUGGUUGCUCAGAGGGGGAAGCCAUUGUAUUGGUUGGCAAUGGGAACCCAACUGCCAAAGAGUCAUCCACACCAGAAGAGGGCACUGUGACUAUCAAGCCCAGUGCAAGUAGCGAUGGACAUGAACCAGGCAAAUCAUCAGGGAGAAGACAGAGGAAGAAAGAGAAAAAGAAACUAAAGGCAAUAGAAAGAAAGGGAAACACAAAACCUGCAGCUGCUUUGAUUGACAAGACACAGGGGAAAGAAGAGGAGCAGAGUGGUAACACCAAGGGAACACAGACAGAGGACAGGAAAGAGGAAGCUGAAAUGACCAAGACACAGCCUGAGAUAAGGCAACUGAGGACAAAGGACAAGAGUGUUCAGACCCAGCCAAAAAAACUCAAGACACAGGAGACUCAGACAGAUCCCAUGCCAGAGCUCGCCAGGAACAUGCAGGAGAAGACAGAACAAGAACAAUCAGAGGCCACUGGCACAGCACAACAGGCAGGUCAGUCAGAGUUCAGCGGGACCAGACGGAAAAAGGCAAGGAAUUCAGAGACAGGCAGAUUACAAGUAGGGUCUGAGGAUAGCGCCAGUGCUGCUGCAGAUGCACAGAGACAACAAGAAGCCAAGCCUGAAUCCACAGUGACUGCAGAGGCCAGACAGCCUAGUAAGGACAGUGGCAAAGACAGUAAAGAGCUCAAGGAACAUGAGAAGAGUUCAGAGGAGAUCUCCAACCAGACAACAGCUAAAGAAAAGCAAUGCCAGGAGAAGGCAAGCCAGAAGCUGUCUACAGGAAAGAAUCCCAGAGAUGCACAUAUCUUCACCAUUUACAUAAAUGCUGUCCUUGAUAAAAAGUUCAGGUUCAACACUCAGUCAGACAAACUGCUUUUGCUGUACUCAAAUGGGUCUGUAGAUCUUCAAAUAAACUAUUUCAGGGGGCUUGGUAAGCAAGGGUACCUGAUUGAAGCUCAGUUCUCUGUGGAGAAAUGGCUCCUCACAAGAGGUGAAAUACAAUAUAAAUAUGCUGUUAUGAAAAGAGGGAACCGUAUUGAAGAAAUGGCGUAUCAAAGAAAAUUGAUACCUUUUGAUUCGCAAUUGAAUGAGGUGCACCUGUAUGAGGGCCAUGUACAUUUUAAUUCACUGACCUAUGUGGAACGGCUUCUUGGAUUAUUCAAAUCAAAGGAAGAAUGGAUUCUAAUGGCCAGGUUGGAUGCUGGCGACAUACUCCUGCACAGAAUCUUUGAAAAACUGGUGCCUUCAGAACGAGAGAGUAUUACAUGUUUCAUAGAGCAUUUACAAGCCCUUAUGUGGCAAAUAAAAACAGCUAGUCAACGUGAAUUUUACCCUGGCAUUCAUUACUGUCAGCCUACGGACCUGUCCCAGUGUAUUGUGAAACAUUUGCUGCAGUUGCUGCAGAGGGGCUCUGACCAGAGCACAGCCAUGCACAACCCUCUGGUGCUGGGCGUCAUUGUGUUCCAGGUCAGCUGUGCCUGUGAGCUACAGCUGGCAGCCAAGGACUGGGCAGCAGUGUGCCGUCUGCUGUGCUUCAGCUCUGCCCAAAACAGCAGCCACCUGCUAGAACUGAAGAGUCUGUUUCAGAACUGUCGACACAUAGUGGUCGGGUUGAUGAAUCGUUGUGCCCGGAGCGUGGUGGUGGAGCUGCCAUUACUAGUGCCACUACUGCAUGCACUCCGAGAGCCCAGUGAAGGCGGUACCAGGCCUGAGAGGGGCAGAAUCCCAGAGGAGCAGGACUGGGCAGGCCUGGAGGGUGUGGAUUUUUCCAUUUAUAGAAGCUUGAUCCGUAGUAUUUCUGACAAGAGGAGAAUGAUGCUUGACUUGAUGGAUGCUCACAAAUCUUUAGGAGGUGAGAGCCCCCAGGUGUUGCACAGCUGGCUUUCCCUAGUGGCCACUGAGGACAUUCCAAAAUAUUCCAGAAUGAUGGGAACAGCUCUAGAACAUGUGGUCCAGAACCUGCACUACAGACUGAAGGAGUGUGGAAUAAGGACCCUUGAUAAAGAUGUUCCGGCAGUUGGGGAAACCAUCGAACAUAUGUUGGAGAAGCUUGACGAAGAGAAAGAACGGAUAUUAUCCUCUGGACAGCUUGAUUACAUCCUGAUGUGCUGUAUCAACAAUCAUAAGAGUGUCUGUAAAAUGGCCAGACUGGUUCAACACUAUAAAGUUGCAGUAGCCUCCUUCCAGCUGGUGCUGAAAGUAGCUGAAAUUCAGGACUCUUUCCUAGGGAAGGAUUGUGAGGGGGACAGCUCUGAACGAUCGCGUUUGCUGGAAAAGCUAAGUGGCCUGCAGAGUGAAUUACUCCAGUGGAGGGAAAGCCUCCUGCGGCUCCCCCUUUUUUCAAGGGAAAGAAGGCGUCUCAGCUAUCCUAAAGAGCCAGAGCUAUGGGACAGUCUGCUGGGAGUGAAGUGUGCUAUACAGCCUCUGUCAGACCAGUGGAGGGGAGCUGUGGAGAAGGACCUGAGAAAAAGGAUCUGUCAGGCUGGUGAUCUACAAAGCAUUGCUGUCUGUUGUUGCGAGCAGUCUGCCUUGAGCAAGACCUGCCCCACUGUACAGACCUGCUUCCGUGAGCUCUGUCAGUCAGCCAUCCAGGUCGUCUGCCAGAAUGAAAAGGAAGGGGAAUUGCUGCAUUUUCUCAACCCUUUCAGUAUGGAGAUUCCAUCUCCCAUCCUGUCCAGCAUCAUCCUGGAGUCCACAGCCAAGGCAGGGGAGGACCUGACAGGCCUUCUGCUUAGUCGGCAGUCUUCACUCUCCUACCUUCUGUCUCAGGGUGUUUGGCAGAAGCUGCAGGUAGAUGAGAAGGCUUUGCAGACUCUUGAAAGGGGUCACUCUGCCCUGGCAUCUCUAGUGGAAGGAUUGUUACUGGGUACCAUCCCUCUGGGACAUCUCACAAUCAUUCUGCAAAAUGAAGAUCAUUUCAAAAAGCUGUACCACCAGGAAAACAAGCUGUCCAAGCAGGAUUUCUUCCACGGCAGUGCAGAGAAGAUGCUGCGGCAGAGAGAGGCUGACCUUCAGGCCUUUAACCAAGUGAAAGAGCACAUGGACAACCUCAUAAAGAUGAUCAGCAGGAUCUCUGAAUCUGUCACAGUGGAAGAUCUCUCACAUCUCAAGCAGCAGCACAGAGCAGAGCUCCAGUCUGUGAGCCUUGGAGAUCUGGUGGAGGUUGAGGUCCACAGGCCAGAACUGGAGCUCCAUGAGCAGGCACCGCGGGCUGUGAAGUGGUAUAUUGUCUGCGACAUGGUGCGAGACAUGGCUCGAGAAAUGCACCAACUGCGGGACAGCACUCUGCUACUCAGCCUGUGGGUCCAAAUGGCAGUAUCCAUGAAAGACGGUCAGUUAACUUCCAUAAUGACCUUGAGAAAGGUCCAGGCUGACAUCUGGAAACCCCUACUGCUCCAGUACCGUCAGCUGGGCUUGAAGAUUGCGAGGGGAACUGUAACAUUUCAGGAGCUGGACAAGGCUCUUCAAGAGUCCGGGGACCGGGGAGAGGGAGCGGAGAUGAAGAGGGAGUUGCAAUUGAUGGCCAGUCUGCUGGAAGAUGAGGGGCUUGAUGUGGAGUGGACACAAACUAGGCUGACUCAAAUUCAGCAGUACCGGCAACUCCACGCUGCUGCAUGGUCUGCUAGUGCUGUGCUAAGGAUAGCACAGAAGCUAGAACUUUCUGGGGACUUCACGCAAAUUGAGAGCCUCACACAGCUGAGGGAAGACUCGUUCAAAAAGAGAAACCUCAAAUCGCUCACUUCGGAGCUCAUCUGUGCCAAAGAGCAACUUGCUGGAGUCACUGAGAAGCACACCAUUUGUCUAGAGGAAUUCCUGAAUUGCCAGUCCUUGGUUAACUGGGUCAAGAUUAACCUUGAAGGUAUGAGCGAUUUGAAGGUGUUUGUGGACCUGGCCUCCAUUUCGGCAGGAGAAAAUGACUCUGAGAUUGACAGGGUGGCCUGUUUCCAUGACGCUGUGAUGGGUUACAGCCCUUUCUUGUACUCCCUGAAGUCCAGUGAUAACUUUGAGAGGUUUAUGGCCUGCGCAGAAAAGGUCUGGGAAGCUCUGAGAAGAGAUGAGAAGCUUCCAGAAAAGCUGAGAGACUCGACACGCUGGCUGGACUGGCUGAAGGGCCUGCGAGAGACUCAUGGUUCUGUGGAGCAGUCCUCUCUCUCCCUGGCCACAGCCAUCAACACUGAGGGGGUAUACCAAGUGGGCAAGCUUCAUUCCCAACAGGGAAAGCAAUCCCUGCAAAGCAUCUUGCAAGUGGCUGUGAAGAAAGACAGUGUGGAGAAAAGCUACAGCCUAGAGGAGCUGCUGGAACUACAGAACAAGCUCAUGUUGAUGUCAUCCAAAGGAGAGCAUGGCAGAACACAGGUCAACAGGUUCAUGCAGGUGUUUGAAGGUGUUCAAAGGCUUGGUCGUAUUCUUCUCCAGCUACACUCGUCUGGGAACAUGCUCUUUCGUGAAUGGAAGGCUUUCAUUCACUGCAACCAGGAUCAUCAGCCCUGUAUUAAAGUGCACUUUGCAAUGCCGAUGAUGGAGGCCAUUGAGUACUCUGGGGAGCUUGAAGAGCAGCUGCAGGAGGUGUGCCGAUCUGUGGAGUUUUGUCACAGAGACUGGUGUACUUUUAUCAGUGAGAUGCGCUCACAGUUCUAUCCUCUGAACUAUUACACUUCUGAACAGAUUGUGUACCUGUGCCACCAGCUUCAUAACUGUCAUACAAAGAAGCUACCACAACAGGUUUUAGCCUUGUUGUCCUUUGUGAAGCCUGGAUGCACCUUAAAGGACAUCAGAGUAGCCUGUUCCACAACUCCUGAGGUUUCCAGUGAACCAAGCACAGAAGACGAAAAUUCUAUUUCAUCUGAGCAUGAAAGUGCAGGCAGUAGGCAUGAAGAAGAGCCAACAGAAGUGAUAGAUUACAGUGAUGAUGAAGUUGGGGAUGAUUAUAAUUUUGAUGUUGUCUAUAAUUCAGAUUAUGAAGAAGAAAUGGUAUCUCUGGAACAUUUUUCAGAUGAAGAAAAACAGUGGGAGACAGAAAUAGAAAUUAGUAUGCAUCUUUCAGGCAAAGAGGCCUGUGUGAAAGAAGACCCAAUAGAAACAGUGGAGGAUCUUUGGAAGCAUUUCAAAGAAAACAUGGCGGGAUCCCUGAGUGAGCAUCUAGACAUUAUCACUCUUGGUCAGUUCCUCUCAUGCCUUUCAGAUAUUAACAAGCAAGAAAUAAAAAGGAAGUUGUGUCCAGUACUGCAGGAAGGGAAACCCAACCUUGUGCUGUGCCCAGAGUCAGAUGUCCUGAGCACAGCUCUGAGCCUUUAUGUGACAAGUCCUGAUCAGCCCUUGCCCUCCUCUGAUGAGCUUUUACUCUGCAGAGAGGACACCACAGCAGAAGUGGUAGAGAUCUUCCUCAGAAGGGCACUGGGACAGGGUAGACCACAUGACCAGGAGAAGAUCUUCACACUGGUCAAUCCAGGGCUUCUAACUUACGAUGUAGGUGUCACAGUGGGAGAACAAUUCGAAGCCCUAGAGAGAAGCUCUCAUCCUAAGUACCAUCUACUGAUAGUCUCUUCUGUAAAGCAUCAACACAGAUAUGUUCCUUCCUUCUUCAGUAACUGCAAGGUACAGGCUGGAGUUGCUGUUUCAACAGAAAAAGCAAAGAGUUAUCUCAAGCGCCACUUCACUGUAAAGUUGGAAAAGUCUCAUGUCUUGCAUGCCUACCCCGAGCACCUCUCUACCUGGGUGGUUUCUUCCACACGACCAGCUGUAGGAAAGUCCUUAUAUGUGACCCGCCUGUUUGAGAGAUUCCAGGAGAUGUCUUCAGGAGCACAACUGGUGCGGAUCAGACUGAUAGAGCCUCGUAUCGACCCUUACUUAUUUCUGAAGAGCCUGACUGAUGGGCUCGUGCCACUGAAAGAGCACGACUCUGCCGUUGUUCACAUUGAUGUUGCAGCUGUCCGAACAGGCUUGGAGGUAUUUCUUUUUGAAGUCUUGGUCCUGGGCUGCUUAACUAACAGUGAGGGGAAACUAUGGAGAAGGAAUCCAGCUCAUCUGUUUCUAAUUGAGCUUCUUAGAACAGGUUCAACCAGACAAAUUCAUGCAGAGCAGUCAAAACAAGGCCUGCUUGACAUCCUUCCCACAAUCCUCUGCCGACCUCCCAAGGAAGUCAGGACUUUGGAGCUGAUGAGACGUCAGGGGACACUACAGAGAUCCUUGGAUCCUUUAAUGGAUAUGCAGGUGUUUGCCAGUGAUGGCGUGCAGAGACCCUAUCAGUACUUGAAGAGAUACAAUGGGAAGCAAAGCUUAGAUGACUUCACGUACCAGAAGGGAUUCAUAGAAGGAGACCCAUCUGAUUGUCUCUAUUACCUACUGGCGUACUGUGGAGUAAAAGAUCCAUCCUGGACAGAAUUGCGAAACUUUACUUGGUUUCUAAAUCUACAGCUGAAUGACUGUGAAAACUCCUUGUUCUGUGAUCCUGUAUUUGUUGGGAAUCACCUCCUCGGCUUCAAGAGCUUCAUUGUGAAGUUCAUGAUAUUGAUGGCACGGGAUUUCGCCACCCCAUCCAUGGAUGUGUCUGACCAAAGUCCCACAUUUUCCUCCACAGAUGAAGACAAUGAUAUCCUGGCCCACCUGACCAUCCGCAAGCGCUGGGAGAGCGAGUCUCACCCAUACGUUUUCUUUAAUGCUGAUCAUUUUACCAUGUCCUUCCUUGGCUUCCAUGUGAAGAGGAAACACUCAGGAGCUUGUGAUGCAGUGGAUCCUCACACUGGCGAAGUGCUAAUGGGUAAUGUGAUGUCUUCUGAGCUCCUUGAGGGUCUCCAGCGUCAGGGGAUCUCUCUCAGUGAAGACUUUGACGCUUUGCCGAGGGAGGACAAGAUCCAGAGGCUCUCGUUUGUUGUAGGUGCUAAAAAGGGGUGGAUAAAAGGGCAGUUUGAUCCAGAUCCCACUUAUGAACUGACUGCUGACAACGUGAUGAAGAUGUUGGCCAUACACAUGCGGUUCCGCUGCGAGAUUCCUGUGAUUAUUAUGGGGGAAACAGGUUGUGGAAAAACCAGACUUGUCCGUUUCCUCUGUGACCUACAAAAGGGAGGACAUCCAACAGAAAAUAUGAAAUUGGUGAAAGUCCAUGGGGGGACAACCGCAGAGAUGAUUUACCAGAAGGUGGAGGAGGCUCAAAUCCUGGCUAAGAAAAACAAAAACCAAUUUGAACUGGACACUGUUUUGUUCUUUGAUGAGGCCAACACCACAGAGUCUAUUUUUGCCAUCAAAGAGGUGUUAUGUGACAGGACAGUCCGGGGUCAGCCUCUGAAGCCAAACACAGGACUGAAAAUUGUAGCUGCUUGCAAUCCCUAUCGAAAACAUUCCCCAGAAAUGAUCAGACGCUUGGAACUGGCAGGACUGGGUUACAGAGUGAAGGCAGGAGAGACAGAAGACAGACUUGGUAAUGUUCCCCUGAGGCAGCUAGUCUAUAGGGUUCAGCCACUGCCACCCAGCAUGGUUCCUUUGGUCUGGGACUUCGGACAACUCAGUGAUUUUGCUGAACUUUCUUACACUAGACAGAUUGUUCAAAGACAGGCCAGAGAUCAUGCACUGCCACCUACAUGUACAGAAACUGUGUCAGCGGUGUUGGCAGCUUCUCAGAGGUUCAUGCGUAGUCGCAGAGAUGAAUGUAGUUUUGUGAGCUUGCGAGAUGUCGAGAGGUCCAUGAAGGUGCUAAUCUGGUUCUACCACCACAGUAGUCUAGUUUUCCACAAUUAUGAUCAUCUUAACAGCAAUGAGAAGAUUUUGAAAUGCUUAGCUUUAGCAGUAGGCGUUUGUUACUACCCCUCCUUGGUUUCUAAAAGGGAAUACCUCAACUGUAUUUAUAGGUUCUUCCCAGAACCUUUGAACAGACCUGACUUUAUAGAAAAAGAGAUCUCUUCAUGUCAAGAUGUUUUUCUUGAAAACAUAAAGACAAGAGACACUGUGGCCAAAAACAAAGCCCUGAAAGAAAACGUCUUCCUGAUGGUCAUUUGUAUAGAGCUUAGAAUCCCUCUUUUUUUGGUCGGGAAGCCUGGAAGCUCUAAAUCUUUAGCCAAGACUGUGGUAGCUGAUGCCAUGCAAGGCCAAGCCUCACACUGCAGUCUUUUUAAGAAUCUGAAACAGGUGCACAUGGUCUCCUUUCAGUGCAGUCCACACUCAAGUCCCGAGGGAAUCAUUGGCACCUUUUGGCAAUGUGCCCGCUUCCAACAGGGCAAGAGCCUGAAAGAAUAUGUCUCUGUGGUGGUAUUGGAUGAGAUCGGACUGGCGGAGGAUUCACCUCAGAUGCCUCUGAAGACACUGCAUCCUUUAUUGGAGGAUGGUUGCAUUGACAAUGACAGACCAAAACCGCACAUGAAAGUUGGCUUUGUAGGGAUCUCUAAUUGGGCCUUGGACCCUGCUAAAAUGAACCGUGGGAUUUUUGUGUCACGGUGGGAUCCAAGUGAACAUGAACUGGUGGAGACAGCCAAAGGAAUCUGCUCUUCUGAUAACACAGUCCUAAUUAAGAUCCAGCACCUUUUCCCAAAACUGGCCAGUGCCUUUCUGGGAAUCUGCAAAGAGGUGGAAUGCAACCAGUUCUUUGGCCUUCGGGAUUACUAUAGCCUGAUCAAAAUGAUUUGUGCCCUGGUAAAGGCAUCCCAGGAAGAGCCAACUGAAAGCCAGUUGGCAGAGGCCAUCCUUCGGAAUUUUAGUGGACGACUGGAAGAAUUUGAUCCACUGAAUUAUUUCCAGGAUAUAUUUCAGGAUUCUAGGAAGGUCACCCGCCCAAGCACUCUGUGGAUGGUUGAAAAGAAUUUAGACUACAGGAACCAGGAGGAAAGUCGCUACCUUUUGCUACUUACCACUAAUAAUGCCGCCCUUCACAUCCUUCAGCAAAGCAUAUUCUCAAAGAAGGACCGUAACCCUCCUGAAAUAGUAUUUGGAUCGGGGUUCCCUAAAGACCAGGAGUAUGCUCAAGUUUGUCGGAAUGUGAACCGUGUUAAAACAUGCAUGGAGACAGGUCGGACUGUGAUUCUUCUUAAUCUGCAGAACCUGUAUGAGAGCUUGUAUGAUGCCCUAAACCAAUACUAUGUAUACUUGGGUGGGCAGCAGUACGUAGACCUGGGGCUGGGAACACACCGAGUUAAGUGUAGGGUUCACAGAGACUUUAGGCUGGUGGUAGUGGAGGACCAGAAUAAGGUAUACACCCAGUUUCCUGUGCCUCUCAUUAACCGACUUGAAAAACACCAAGUGGAUAGGAGAGCCGAUCUCACCACUUAUCAAAAGAGGGUACUGAAGAAGCUUAAGGAUUGGGUCCAAGAAUUCAUCUUUGUGGAUGGAGAAAGGAAGGAGUUUCAUCCUCAUGAUGUUUUUAUUGGGUUCCAUGAGGAUGCCUGUGCCAGUGCUGUGCUGCAGGCCAUGGAAUGCAGACAUCAGUGGAGGGACAAAGAAGUGGAAGGCCUGCAGGAGGAUUUAAGUGUACAAGAGCAAAGUCAGGGGACAGGGACUGAUGUAGAGAUGGAGGAGCAUGGUGAGUUUGGUGGUUCCUUUGAGGACACAAUAGGAGAAAGUCAGAAGUGUGACACAGGUGACAGCGGUGUGCAAGCAGAAGAACAGAAUGAUGAGCCACUGGAAGAACAGAUUGAUAUUGAAAUGAAGGGGAGAGAGGGAGGAGACCCUAUAGCUAAAGUAAAAAAUGAACAACAGAUGGAAGAAGAAGGAAGUGAAAGGGUGAUGGAAGAAAAUGAAAGUAUGAUGGAAGAAGGAGGGAUUGUGAAGUGCAGUGAGGAAAUGGAAGAAGAUGAGGUCCUAGAAGCUGCCAAAUGCUUCCUGCUGAGCUGUGCUACACCAGACUCAGUUUUGCGCCUCAAAUACUCAGAGCUAAGCUCCCAGGAGAAGAAGAUGCUCCAAAGAAUGUAUUUCCGCCAACAGCAUCAUCUCUCUCUCAGAGAUUUCAUGGAGAACCACAUGAAUAAGACUGAAGACCCGAACAGGUUCAUAGAGGUGACCACCUACUCCAGCCUCCUCACCCAGUCGGAUGUGCGGGCAGUGGCGCAGGCUUUGAGUCUGGACACCAGUGGGAUUCUUCUGCUUUCCCUGCACCAGUUUGACACCGAGUCCUCUUUCUGCAGCAACAUACGGAAUUUCCUGCGAGAGGACAGGGCUAGUCUGCGGGUCCUGCUUGUCCAGACAGAUGUAGAAGAAUCUGCGCACUGUGAUGAGCUCAUUGCCUCUGCCAAGUACUGUGCCAUGAAUGAAAUGAGCUCAGUCGGGACCAGAAUGUCCCAGUGCUACAUGGUCUUCAUCACCAAACUGUCCAGGAUAGCAGGCGACUCCCAAUAUAUUGGUUUCCAAGGAGGCAGGUGGCUGUCAGUCCAUAUUGAUGACCUGCGUGACACAGAGGACAUGAGUUCAGACCUCUCUGCUUUCUGCGGCUUUCCUAUCAGUGAGCUCCUCACCAGUUCUUCACAGCCAGAGCAAGCUGGCAGUCUUGGAGACAGCAUUGCUGAAAACCAAAAGGGAAGCAGUGCCCAUCUGGAUUGUGUUUCUCUGUUGAAGUCUUGUGUCCAGAGUGCUGUGGCUUUACUGAGAGACACUGAUGAUAGGGCCUCCCGCAGCAUGGAGUGUGUGCAGAUAUUGCUGGGGCUCAUGGGAAAAAAGCAGGGAACUCCAGAAGUGAGGUUUGUGCAGGUGCUUCUGCAGAGGCUUUCUCAGAUGCUGGCACUGAAGGAGGAGAUGGUUCCUUCGCCAGAGGAGUGGGUGAGCAAGGAAGCCAGGAAACGCCAGGCUCUGCAAGAAGGAGGCACCCUCAGACAUACUGUGUGGCGCUGCCUACAGGCGACAAUCACUCCAGUUCUGGCCCGAACGGUGGAGGUUCUGGACCGGGACUUCAACCUGGACCUGCUGCAAAAGAGUGAGCCUGGGAACUGGCUCACACAGAUGUGGAUUGACAUUCUGGAAGACCACCAGAUACUCGAAGACCACCUGAUUUUGCCCCAGAACCAAAGUGUAGUGAAUGAGGAGAUCCCAGUGCAGCGCCAUCUGUGGUUGGGGAAGCAGGCACAGCCCUGUGCUGCCCCCUUCAGCUGGUUGAUCAGAUUGCAGUGCGAAAGCAUUUGGGAGGAAUCGUAUUAUGUUCCAGGGACAGAAGAGGACAGUGGACAAAGGAUCCUACAGUUUGUGAACAGUUUUAAGAGCAGCAGGCUGGGCAGCUAUAUUACAAAACUGGCAGAGGAGGAACAGAGAGAGCUUGGCCACCGAUUCUUAAAGGACUUCUUGCUCCUGUCCAUCAAUAUCUCCUCCCAAGAGGAACUGAAGGUAUUCACUAGGGCGGUGCUGAACUGUGUGUCAGAGCUACAGCAAGAAACAAAAGUCUCCUCUGACCUGUCUCCAGCCUGGAUUGUAGCAGCUUUCAGACAUUUUGGGCCACGACUGGUCAAUCUCUCCCACAUCCUGCAGCUUCAGCCUCACGUGACCAGGAUUCUGCUGGAGGGGGCUCAGAGUGGGUCUCCUGAAAUGAACGAGGAUGUAGUGGCUCUUGGAGUGUACGCUGAGGCGAUUGAGAGACACGCCACUGGAACACUGCAGGAGUGCCGCUCCCUCCUGCAGAGUGUGAGACAGCUCCAGUCCUGUGUGGAGAGAGCAUGUGGACAGAACUACAGCACACUCUGCAGUCCUGGGUGUCUCAAGCAGCUGGAUACAAUCAGGUCUUUGUGGCAGGGAGUGCUUGUAAUUGCAGCAUUCAUCCAGCAGGUGGUAGUCAGAGUGAGUAUGACUGGAAACCAGAGACUGGAGGCUCUGGCUUUGAAACACUGCACACUGCUGCACAAGUUUAUGCAAGGCUCCCCUGAACUGAGAAACAGAGACGCACUCCAGGGGCUGAUGAGGGUUCUCCAUUCCUGCAAUGAGCAAUCAAGCCACCUGGACUUCAGGUAUGGCAUUCAGAAAUGUCCAGUGUGCCUCCUGGCUGUCUCCGAGCCAGCCAUUCUCCCCUGUGAGCAUGUUUUCUGUCUCACCUGCAUCCAACAUAGCAUUGAUGGGGACCGGCUGUUCUGUCCUCAGUGUAAAACAGGUCUGCCAGCAGAUUACCAGCCAGCUGUGUCUGACAAGCUGAAGGGUGCCCUGCAGCACCAUGAAAUUCUUCGGAGACAGUGCAACUGUUUCUUCCUGGAGGUUGUGUCACGGUUCUGCCUCGCAGAGGAGACCUGCCCUGAGGAGGGCGUGGUGGAGCUCCUCUUCUCCCUGCUCAUCUCUGCACAAGGUGCUGUGUACAGGACUAGAGAGCUCAGCCCUUUCCUGGAGUGUGUGGACCACAGCCCUGUAGUUCGCUCUGUGCUGCCCAAACUGUUGCUGCACUACAGUUUUGAGCAGGUGAAGGGUCACAUCCAGAGGUACCUGCAGAACCUGGAGAGGAAUGUUCUGGACCGGGAAGACCUCACUGAGCUGUACUUGCUCUUUGUCAACUGCUUCCAGGAUGCCCUGCUCAGCCCAGGCCAGGAGGAGGGACAUGUGUCGCAGAAGCAGUUGCAGGGGGCCACUCAUUUUCUGAGCAGGGUCGCCCGCAGACAGACCGCAGGGUUCCAGGAGGAUCCUGCAGAGUUCAUCCAGACCAUGGCACGACUGAGACUCUAUCUGGGCACGGCUUCCAGCUUUCUGAAGAACACGUGGGCUAACCCAGGGUCAGAGCUGGUCGAGGGGUACCUGCAGCAGGUGAGGGCCGUGUGUGAGUACUCCAGGAAUGACUGGUACCGGGUCUACCUGCUGAGGGCUGUCAACAGACUGGCAGGAAUGGAUUGUGUCCAAGCUCUGCUACGAGAUGCACAUUGGCACUGGAUUUUUCCUGCACAGGUCAUUGAAUUACAGAGUCAUGCUCCUGCUGAAGUGGACCGCUUUUUGUGCUGUGGCCCUCACUACAAAGCCCUACGGGAUGACUUGUGCGGGGCUCUGCUUCAGUCACAGACUGACCCCAUCACUGCUGCUUUACAGGAACUGGAUUGUUCUUCCAGUACCGCACCUGUGCUCCUUUCCCUGGCCUUGUUCCGCCAGGUCACCUGUCUGUAUGUAUCGUCUGACCCCAGACUACAACCCAAGCCAGAGGAGACUGGGUUACUGCAAGACUUCAUGAGAAUCAGCCCUCUCCAUUUGUCAAGGGAAUACCAGGAGUUCUGCUCUGCACUGUUGACUAAUGAGCUUGGAGGGCGUGGGUCCAGUCUUUCCAUCACGCCAGCGCUGUCAGCUCAACGUCGCACUCUACUGGAGAUUCUAGUGCAUGCAGCUGCCAUCUUCCUAACUGGAAACCACCUAUUGUCACCUCUUCAGCAGAUUGCCUCUCAAACACAAACAAUGAAGGAUGCCUUCCUUCCCACAAUGCCUGAUGAUCACUCAGCUGAAGUUCAUAGGUGGAUGAAAGAGAAACUGCACUCAUACCGUUGUGUCAAUGGUCACGUAUGCUUUGUUGGAGAGUGUGGAAGGCCAGUGGUUACAUCUGUGUGUCUAGACUGCGGAGCACCCAUUGGAGGCAUCAGACACAACCCAGUUGAGGGCUUCAUCAGAGCAGACAUCAUAGAGGACCAGACACGAACUGGCCAUGUUUUAGGGGAAGCACAUGUAAGGUCAGAUGUGCCAGACAGACAAAUAUCCUUGGCUGCCUUCUCCAUACUGAGGCUUUUGACACACCUGGCCAUGCUGCUGGGAGCACAUUGCAGUCUUCAAGGGAUCAGAGACAUGAUAUACCCACGUGUGAUGGAUGUGGUGCCAUUCUUGUGGAGGCACCUUGAGAAGGACAUGACAGUGUUGGGCAAGGCUCUGGACAAGAACAUGGAUGACACAGCCAUCACUGUCCACCUGGUCAUCCAUGCCUUCCUGGGAUGCACUAGAGGAUCCUCUGACAUGAGCCGAGCAUUGUCUUCUAAGCAAGCCAGGCAGCAGUGGGAAAAGCUGGUCUGUAAUGCUGUGAUCAAGCCUGUUUUGCAGGACUUAGAGCAGAAACUAACCCAGGCCCACGGGCAGAUCAGCGCUGAUGACCGGCUCAGUGGGAGUGUCCUGAUGAAGGUGCUCUAUGGAAACCCUGUGUCCAUACUGACCCUCCCCUCGGACAGCCCCACUGACAACUCCAGGUUUUGGACCUGCCCCGAGAGGCUGACGUUGGAGCGCUUUACCCAGGUCCUGGACCAGAGUGGAGGAUGGGAGGGCUACCCUCUGCUGUGGCUCUUCCUGAAGAAGGCACACUGUAUCAGACACCUGAGCCACCUGCCUGAGUUGGCUGCCCUCCAGACUGACCUUCUGAGGAUGUUUCCUCAUGUGACAGUUGUUGGCUCUCAGAGCAUCACCCAGAUUCUCCAACAGCUGCCCACAGGCUAUCAGAAGAAAGUGCUUAAGAGAAGGGUAAAGGUCUUCAUAAAUGUCUGGAACCAGCUGAGGACAGAGAUUGCAAACAGCAAGGAGACAGGUGUCCAGCAGGAGCUGUGUGAGGCUGACCUGAGCACAGACAGCUCAGCGGGCUUCCUGUCGCUGUGUCGAAGAGGGCCCGGCUCCUGCCUCAGCACCCUGAUUGACUUCCUGACUGAAACCCACAACAGCCUGGUGAGAGAGGCCCGGAAGGAGGCCCCAGAGACAGACAGCAAUUACACUGUGUCCCUGGAGGGAGCAUCUGAGACCCAGCUAGCUCUGUGCCACCCUGAGCGAGAGUUGCUGCCCCUAGUGUUGGCACACUGCCACUACACCCUGAAGAAAGGCCAGCAGACUGUGAGCAGCUUCGACAUGCAAGGAAUUGAGAAUCAGCUCUCUCGCAGCUUUCUUGCAGGCAAACCACUCAUCAUGACGAACACUUCAAAAUACCUCAACAGGCACCAGCAGGACUUUUCACAGAUCUUAGCUGGAGUCCGAGCGAAGAUCCCUCAGGAGCCCUUGAAAGGCUCAGUGAGCAGUGCCAUGAAGACUGUGCUCCGCUCCUACACCGACGUGUGCGAUGCUGUGUUUGCUGUGGAGAUUGGUCUACGGUUCCUGGGCAAGACUGGUGGGGAGGCCAAGGCACCACUGCUGCCCUACCUGAGGAACAUGCUGAAGAUGGGCAAGCAGGUCUCCAGCACUGUGGCCAAGGCCUUAAAUGAGUGCUGGCUACAGCACAUCACAUCUGUAUGGCAGCUGCUCACCUCUUGGAAGUCAGAACUGAUGCUGCAGAAAGGAAAGGAUCCCUUUGAGAGACUGCCGAGAGAGUACCAGCAGAGGCUGACGGAGGAGGAGAUGAGAGGGCUGAGGGCCUUCCUCAGAGUGACUGAUAUUAGCACCUUUAACUUGGAGCUACAUGAGAUACUCUUGCUCAAGACAAACAAUCCCAACCCCGAGACCAAUUACCAGCCACACUGGGAUCUGUGCUCCACUCUAGAGAACCAUCUGGAGAACAAGCACUGCCCUGCACUGCCUGGUCUGGAGGCCCUGUCUGAUUCCCUCACACUGAAUAAGGGACCAGAUAUCUGGAGGCUAGCAGUAAAGUUCAGAAGCUGACCUGGAGCUUCUUCCAACACGUCCCAGCUCUAGCCAGCAUGGCUGAUCUGUCUUCUUGUGCUUUUCUUUCCACUAGACUUUCUGGUGUGUCAGAUCCACGUACACCAGUACAGGAAGCAAAGGGCUGUGGGAGACUGGAACAAACUACUCAGUCAUGUUUUUGAAGCUGAUACCCUGGCUCCUCUCAGGAAACUGAAUCGUCAAAUCAAUUAGCUGAUAGUAACUAACAUUUACUGUCCUCCUCUUCUUUGUAACCUUUCUUAUGCUGUUAUGAUACCAUUCCUAACCAGUCGUAAUGUUUGCUGAAUCAUAUAUUUUUUGGGAUUUCUGGGAUGCAGAAUAACUUGGAAGACAUCUUAGAUAAUGCUUUGGACUUAGAAGCACAUUAUUUGUACAUCAUAAGACAAUUAAUUGUUUGAAUGAGGUACUUACAGUAUAUGCAUAUAACAGGAGAGUGCAAUGUACUAUAUAGCAGUAGUGUGGACUAGAGGUUAGGGCUUUGAACUCUAGAACAGAGAAUUGUGUGAUCAAAUACUGGGUGGGGUGCAGUAAAGUCAAUGCAUGUUAAUGUGUAGAGUGAUUAAUAGUUGUACCCAGGUUGGGAUGCUAUACACAUGGUUCCAUUUUGCCUAUAAUGAAGUGUACUUCAGUAGUUACUGAAUAAUGUAUGAAGAUUUUUUUUCUUUUUGAAAUUUUGUAUGUUUGAAUUUUGAGAUGGAUGUAAAGAAACUGUAGAAAAGAGACACCAGAACAUCAAGGCACUAAAUCUGAUACUGUACAGUAUAUACUGAAAAAGAAAACUCCCGCAAGUAGAAAAGGUACUUUAUUUUUCUUGACGUGAAUUCAUGUAAAAUGAGUCAUGUAAAUGUAAAUUGCUUUUUGUAUGCUGCAGUUUUUUGUUGUGCAAUAAUGAAAAUUAUUUUGGACUCAAUUUACUUUUAAUGAUAGAUAAAUUUCUUUGUACAGUAUAUAAGAAAUUGUUCAGUCUAUACUGUUAGGAACUAAUUAAUUAAAAUCCCCCCAAAAUUAUAAACCAAAAAAGAUUUAAUAAAGUAUUGACUUUAACCUCCC